AACGAGGUCUUAGCAUGUUAUUGUUGUUGUUUCUAUUAUUUUAUUAUUACUCCAGAGAGAGAGGUGGUCUAGCAUUGCAAUUUUCUUCCGAAGUUGGAUUUUUUACUCAUGAGAUUGCAUGCUUGUUUAGUAGGUCUCGGCUCUGUCUUAAGGCAUUUGUUUCAAUGCUCAGAAUGGGAAUUAAAACCGAUUCUUUACGGUUUUCAAAUGGGAGAUCGACCGUUGAAGCCUUCGAAAUCAGAAAAAGAUCCGAGUGAAGAUAAUUACAAGCACUUUGUGUUGCUGAUGAAGGAUGAGAAAAUCAUAUGUAGGACACAGUGCUCAAAUCCUCCUGCAAAUAUGCCUCCAUGCUGGAAUUUGCAUGAAAUUCUCCCAAGAUCUGUGGUAAAUAUCCAUCGUGAUCUACAUCAUUGCUUUUUACGCCCUGCUGCUGAGUGUUCUCGGGACCAUUAGUGGGGGAGGUUUUUGUGUCAUCUUCAGAAAAGAGACUUGAUUGGGCCUACAUCUACUCCAAAAGGCACCUCUUGGAGGAGGAUUGUCCAAGUCACAAAUGAAGAUUUUUGGCUAAUACCCAGUGAUGUUGGAAUUGUAAAAUUUGAUUUCUGUGAGUUCUAUAUACUUCCUCCUGAUGAAGCCUAUAAUUUUAGCUGUGUUAGAGUUGCAUAUCGGGAAAAGAAGUAUAGCAGUCAAAAGCGUUGUGAAUCAGUUGUUGAUACGGAUGAAGCAUGCCGAUGGAAGCGGCAAAGUGUAGAUCCAACUGAAAUUUGUGGUAAUAGUAGCACCAUGUCACCUUCUCAUGAUGUUGAGGAGUUGGCUGGUAAGAAAGAUGGGCAUACGGAUUCAAGGGGUGUGGGUAUCAGUGAAGACAAUGGCAUGCCUUGUGUCAAGUUUCCACAUUCAAUUGGUGAUCACCAUGGUUGUGUGCCAACAGGCAGAUGUCAGCCUUGUGCCGUGAAUCGGGAUGGACUAUUGAAGAAAAAUUAUGUGCAGGCUGAUUCAAGUUACCUGCAAACUCUUGGUCAAGCACAUUCUGGAUGGAUUUUUGGUGCUGUAGCUGAGCUUGUUGAUAAUUCUAGGGAUGCAAAAGCAAGCAGUUUUUAUCACAGGCUGGAUAUUUCUGUUGAGAUCAUAUACUCAAAAAGAGCUGGAAAAAAUAUUCCUAUGUUGUCAGUUAUUGAUGAUGGCUGUGGGAUGACCUAUGAGGGGGUUGUGAGGAUGAUGUGUUUUGGGCACAAGCAAUCUGAUGCGGAUGAUCUGGAUCGUAUAGGAAGAUUUGGUGUUGGAUUUAAGACUGGAGCAAUGAGGCUUGGCAGGGAUGCUUUUGUUCUCACUCAGACUGCUGAUUCCAGAUCUAUAGCCUUUCUCUCGCAAUCCCUAAGUGAAGGAAAAGAUAAUCUAGAGAUUCCCAUUGUAAGCUACUGCAGAAAAGGACAGUUUAUGGAAGUAGAUACAAAUGUCCAGUCUGAAGCCUUAGCAAAGUACAACCUGAAAUCUAUUAAGGAAUUUUCACCAUUUGAUAAGUAUUUGAUUGGUGAAAAAGCAGCCUUGUUCCGUGAAAAAAGCACAGGAACACAAAUAUACAUAUGGAACUUAGAUGAAUGGGGCUCAAAUUAUUGCCUGGACUGGACCGCUGGACUGACUGGUGGGAGCUCCUUUCAUCAAGGUGACAUACUAAUCCGUUCUAGAAGGGUUAGAUCUCGCCCUGGCCAGAUGAGUCAAAAGGUGCCCUUAGAUUAUUCACUUAGAUCUUACCUAGAAGUCAUCUUUUUAGUUCCACGGAUGAGGAUAUAUGUUCAAGGUUCAUUGGUUAAAAGUCAACCAUUGGCAAAGUCUUUGAAUAAUACUCGUGAAGAAACUGGUAUCAUCAUGGGGAAACAUGUUCACUUAACUCUUGGUCGCAGUCAAUUAGAGUGGGAGCAGGCAAAUUGCGGAAUGUUUUUGUAUUGGCAUGGCCGCUUAAUUGAGGCUUACAAAAGAGUUGGUAGUAUGGUACAUAGCGGAGAGGUGGGACGAGGUGUUAUUGGGGUUAUAGAUGUUACUGAUCUAAUGGAUGAUGAGAAUGGUCGUGUUUGGGUGCAUAGUAACAAACAAGGUUUUCAGGAUUGUGAAUCAUAUGCACAACUAGAGGAGUGGCUGGGGAAGAAGGCUGAUGAAUAUUGGGAUAAGAAUUUUGAUAGAGUGCAGCUGAAAAAGGGUGGCGUCCUGUGCAAGCCUGAUCAUGAAUGGGUUCAGUGUGAUAAGUGUAGAAAGUGGAGGAUGCUGAGUUAUGGAUUUGACAGCAAGAAUUUACCUCUAGAAUGGUUUUGUUAUAUGGAACCUUUCGAGCGAUCGUGUGAAUCCCCUGAGCAAAAGGUUGAAUGUGGCGUGAUUACAGUGAGUGCGAAAAGGUCUGGAUAUGGUCGUGGAGAUGUUGAAGAUGAUGCAGCACACACAUCAGAAGGUGAUGACGACAACAAUUCAGAACUAACUGGGAAGGAUGGCAAGCAAGGUUUAAAGAGGAGCAGAAAGGGACUUGCUAAGGGUUGUAAGAAGGCUAUGUUGUAGAUAGGGUACUCCAAUAGCUCUAAAAGUAGUUUGCUUCGAUAUGAAAUGUUUAACAAUUUUGCAGAUUCUAGGCCGUGUGGUUUAGGGCGGUGUGGAAUAUGUAUAUAAACCAGAAUAUUUGAGCAGUCUGAAAUUUGAUGUGGAAUUUUGAAGCUUGAAUAAGAAUGGAAUUGUUUUAUCA